AUGGCCUCUCCAGCUGCUAAAAGGCGUCUCGUUACGCAGGGGGGGACGUCAUACCUUUUGUCUCAAUGUACGGAUGAGAUGAUGUGUCAAUCAUCUCGAUUACCACACAAGCAUCACCAUCAAGAAUGGAAACAACUACAUCACAUGACAGCACAGCACAAGAUCAAAAACAUGCCCACCCAUAAAGUUCAUUUGAGAUCGACACCCACCCAGACCGUAAUGCAUCAAACCUUGAAAUAUUUCAUCACGGCUUUUCCCAAGCCACCGCAUUCCCAGAGUCCAUCACAUUGA